AUGGUUCAAUUUACAUUGACCGAAAGCCAGCAGCUCUUGCGAGCUAAGGCUGCAAAAAUCGCCAAGGAGGUCCUAGGGUCUGCCUAUGCCGCCUACUCCAAGUUCCCUGAUCAGAUUGAUCGCUUUCGCGCCACCCGCCCUUUCUACUCCAAGCUGGUGCAAGCAGGUUUGCUCAAGGCCUUGAUUCCAAAGGCUGAUGGCGGAGAUGCAAGUGGUCUCUUGGAAUCUGCUUUCAUCCUCGAAGAGCUCUAUGCUGUCGACUCGAGCAUUACAAUUCACCUGGUUGGUACUGCCCUUGGCUUGCUUCCUCUUCUCAUUGGCGGCACGCCUGAGCAAAAGGCACGAUUUUUGACACCCUUCAUCUCGGGGGAUGGUGAUUAUCUUGCAAGUUUGACUCAUUCGGAACCUGGUGGUACGGCCAAUCAUCUCGAACAGGGUGGCAAAGGCCUAGGUGUUACUGCUAGGAAGGAAGGAGAUUUCUACGUUGUCAGUGGUGAAAAGCGCUGGACCACCAACAGUGCUGGCUGGGAUGCCAAAGGUGCAACCCUUUCUUGCCUCUGUGUUCGAUACUCCGAGGACGGCGGCCCUGAGAAGGCUGACGUCGACCCAUCCUCCACCUUGAUGGUGCUGCUUGUGACUCGAGAAGUGGUAGCUCAGAACCCACCUGAAGCCUACCAGAUGCUCGAAGAACCAAAUCUCAUGGGACAUAUCGCCGUCACCGGCCCUCAAACACGAUACAACAACUUCAAAGUUCCCGUUGACCACGUCUUGUUUGCUCCUGGUACAGGUGCGAAGCAAAUCGAAGAGGCCUUUGGUAUCACGGGAGCCAUGGUUGGAGCUAUGGCUGUCGGCACCAUGCGCGCUGCUUUCGAAAAGGCGCUGGCGUUCGCUAAGAACGACUAUAGAGGAGGCUCGGUACCCAUCAUCCAGAGGCAGAGUCCCGCUGACUUGCUCAUCAAUGCCAAGAUGAGAAUCGACUCGUCACGAGCGCUGGUGUGGAAGGCUCUAGACUCUUUGGACAAUGGUCCUGGCGAUUCUAAGGCUCGGUUUGAAGCCUGCCUGGAAGCAAAGAUUCACAGCUCCGAUUCGGCGAUCCAAUGCGUGUACGAAUGCAUGCAGGUAGUCGGCAUGACAUCAUAUGCAAAUGACACGGGCUUCCCUCGCCUUCUAGCUGAUGCAGCUGUAUUCCCGCUUUUCGAUGGAGGAAAUAUUGGCAUCAGACGUCGUCAAUUCCAGCGACUCAUGUGUGAAGACAGUUAUCAGCCUUGGGCAAAUCUUUAG